AUGACAACGAGUAUGUCUGAUCAACAGGCCCGCGGUAGACUUCGCGAUGUUAUACCAGAGGCAUAUCUUGGUUCUUAUGCACCAGGUCCGAAAAACGGCAUUACAGAUGUACCUGGAGUCCUUGCCCACACAACCACUAUCCGCGAUGAGAGUGGGCAGAUCAACACAGGACUAACGACUAUUCUCCCUCGGAAAGACUGGUUUCACAAGGCCUGUCAUGCUGGCGUCUUCCGUCUCAAUGGGUCGGGAGAAAUGACUGGGACGCACUGGAUCGAAGAAAGCGGUCUCUUACACUCACCCAUUCUCAUAACGAAUAGUUUUGCCGUGGGUCCAUGCUACACCGGCAUCUACAAAUACGCAAUCGAACAUUAUGGAAAAGGAGACGAGGGCGUUGAUUGGUUCCUGCUGCCAGUUGUCGCCGAAACAUUUGAUGGGCACCUCAACGAUCUGAGACAGUUUGCCGUGACGCCGGAACACGUGGUCGAUGGCAUCACUAAUGCUUCCGAGGAGCCGAUUGCCGAGGGAAACGUGGGCGGAGGGACAGGCAUGUUGUGUCAAGGGUGGAAAGGCGGCACUGGAACCAGCAGCAGAGUUGUGGCUGGAGAAAACGAUACGUCCUAUACUGUUGCCGCACUUGUCCAAGCCAAUUAUGGGAGACUCCAGCAUCUGCACAUAUCAGGUGUCCCGGUCGGACGGAUCUUGCAAAAGAGAAACGCAACCAAUUCGGCCGCUGCUGCGCAUGACAAAGAGUACGACGAGGCAAAGGACAAAAAGGAUGGAUCCAUCAUCGUCAUCAUCGCCACGGAUGCGCCGCUUCUUCCUGGUCAACUUCAGCGGUUGGCUAAGCGAGCGACCAUGGGUCUUGCACGUGUGGGCAGCUAUGCUCAUAACCCCUCUGGAGAUCUCUUUCUUGCCUUUUCCACAGCUACUGAGAUACCUGUCCAGACAGUUACCGGCCAGCACAGGGAAGUUGAUCCAUUCAAGCCUGGACUGAUCAACAUGGAAGCGACGGAUAACCAAACUAUCAAUGGUCUCUUUGAAGCAACAGCUGAUGCUACAGAAGAGGCUAUAUAUAACGCACUCUGUAUGGCUGAGACAAUGACGGGCAAUAUGGGACGCACAGUAGAAGCGCUGCCGUUGGAAGCUACAAGGGAGAUUAUAGCUAGAUUUAAGGAAGCCGAAGAUUCAUUCUUGUAA